CAGGAGAAUCGUUGUAGCAGAUUUUUAUUCGCAAAAAUGGGGUAUGAUAUUUUUAAUUGGUUGAAUUUAAACAUUGAUAACAAUGAGAUUAGUAUAGUUUUAUUUAAAAGACUUAUCACUGAUAGAUAGUGAUAACAAACUUUAGUUAUCUAAACGUUCAUUAAAUCCUACAUUUUCCUACGUUUUUUCUUAUGGGUUGAAUAAUAACAACUUUAUUGAAGUCAGAUUAAUAAUUUAAUUAUGCUCAUCAUCCUUUUUGUUCAGAUUAUUGGAUGGACAUAGCAGAUUAUCCAAUAAUCUAAACUCCAGCCUCACACAACCAAACUGUUCAAAUUAAAGGCUUCACUAAAGACUUUUAAAUACUCUUAAAAUGACAUGACACUUACAAUGACCAAUGGACUCGGUACUCUCAAACCCGGUGGUCUUUAAAGGGAUGGCAGUGAUGAACUGUGUCUUUAAGCUUUGGGUGAAAGAGACUCGGUCGGCUGUGUCUAUCUGGAACAUUUGGAGAUGACAUACUGUCUCAGACCUGCGCUCCUGUCAUACUUUUUUUCUGGUGGCAGAGGCUUUUAUCGGAGAACCAAUCAGAUGCUCUAGAUCAGUUUUGGAAGCUGAAGCAUCAGUACAAAGGUCGGCGUGCGCGAGCUUUUGCAGCGAUCAGUCAGCGAGAGCAACGGGACGCGCGCGCUCAAUGGAUUUUUGAUUUCUGCAUAGCCUUCAUUAAAGCCAGAGAUAUGAGCAAAGAAGCAGAGGAGGCAAAUCCAGACCAAACAAACUGCAAAUAUAAAUCACAGCUGUUGUCCUCGUACAGUAUCGACAGUAUUCUAGGAAGGAAAAGUUCCUUAAAAGUUAAAGCAUCCCCGGACAGUGUGUGGUCCCUUCAGCCAGACAUGCACCUGCCGCCGAAGCUACGCCGCCCCUUCGCCAGGUUGACAGACUCCUCCACCAUAGACAUUCGCACAAACGAAAACGAGGCAAGACUGCUACACACAGCUUGUGAAAAGAUCAAAACUACUGAAGCCUCUCUAAGCAUCACUCGUGCUAGAUCGUAUCAGGAACAUGCGUCUCAACAGUCCUGCAAAAACGCGUCCAGUCCCACGCCAAAACCGGAGGAGGGAGAAGCCGAGAGAGACACACACGUGGGGCUGCAAGAUCGAGACGCAUAUUUGAAGAAUUGUGAGGAAACUACUUUAUCAGCGGGAAGUGACACUGAAGAUGGGAUGUUAAAACGAAAACAGAGGAGAUACCGGACCACAUUUACCAGCUAUCAGCUUGAGGAGCUGGAAAGGGCUUUUCAAAAGACACACUACCCUGAUGUGUUCACAAGGGAGGAAUUAGCAAUGAGACUUGAUCUUACAGAAGCACGAGUGCAAGUAUGGUUCCAGAAUCGACGUGCAAAAUGGAGGAAACGGGAAAAGGCGGGGGUUCACUCACACACUCUGAGCCUACACUAUCCUGGAACCCCCUCUGCUCCACAGUCCUUGUGUCAUUACCUGAGUGGGAAUCCUUUUGUCCCAAACCCGCAUCCAGCUAUUGAUUCAGCUUGGCCUGGCCCCCUACAAAGACUGGCUCAGCAGCCACCCCCAAACUCUGCUUCCCCUCAUGGCUUCAGUGCUCUGUUAGGGGCGGCCAUGUUUAGACACCCCGCUUUCAUGAGUCCCACUUUUGGAAGACUGUUUACGAGCUUAGGUCCAAUGGCACUGCAAAGGAGACCCGUUCCUGCCAUCGAGAGUUCAAUUCAACGCUCCCACCUCGCCAGCAACUUUCUCUCCUCUUCACCACCCUUACUGUCCCCUCCAACAGUGGACUUUCAUGCUUCCAGCAUAGCAGCGCUGCGUCUCAAAGCGAAGGAGCAUUCGGCUCAACUGACUCAUAUCACGGCGGCAGGAAUAGCUGGAAAAGAGGAGUGCUGAGAAUCAUCUCACCUCAUCUGAGAGAUCAGACCAAAGUCAAGCAGAAGCACUAAUAUCUACAGAGUUAUUAUAGAUAGACACGUCUCUUCAGUCUCUGGAAGUUGAAUUGUAUCUUCUAAUAAUUCUUUGUUUAUUGCUGGGUGUUGAUGAGUGCUGAAAGUUUUUGAAUAAACCUUCUAGAUAUCAUCCUGUUUUCAUAAUUGUAAAUGGAUACAACGAACAUAUCUGAGGAAAUAAACAGGGGAAGCUUUUAGGGGGCACUGUUACACACUUUUUCAAGGUUUGUUUUUGGAACAGUAUUUUAUUCCACAAGUAUUUAUUCUACAUCAGACAUACAGUAUUAGGAUUUUUUCCUUUCUGUUUACAGAAUAGUACUAAAACAGUUUUGUUAUUUAUAUUUAUUAAACUUAUGAGCCACACUUCAGGGAAGGAAAUAAAAUACCAUAUGCUCAUCUUGAUGAAUUAGCCAGGGAAAUAUAAGAUAAUGUGAAAAUAAAAUGAACUGAAUCGAAAAUGCUUGGUGUUGUCUUAAUUCUUUUGUAAUGAACGCAUUCAAUAAAUG